UCGAGUCUAUAUGUCGAUGUGCAUUUUCUUUUUCCAAAUUAACGUAAUACCUGAGUGAAGGUAAUCCAUUCAGGAUCGCAGAAAAAGAUUCAAGAAUUCAAUUGUAGUGUUCAAUAGAAAAAAAGUAUCCAAAGCAAUUUUUCUUAGAUCAACAAUAAUUUUUUGUGCAUUUCGAUUGAAAGUUUUCAAAAAAAAAAUCGGAAAAAAUCAAUUUUAUCGGCAAAAAUUUAUAAUUCAAUGUGCAGUUGUUAGUGCUAUAAAAAAACCAGAUAGAAAGAGAAGGAGACAGACACACAGAGAGCGUAACAAUCAUCGUAAAAGGGCAAUAUUGGCGACAGUGUGUUUUCUGUGUGUGAUAAAUCGAUACAUGGAGAUACGCAUAAAUAUGUGUAUACCAUCUCUACACUGAAAUACCAACGACAACAGCGAUACGUUCGACAAAGACAGGCAACGCAAAGUAAACUAAACGAAAAUCAGUGUACAAAAGAGGGACAAAACGAUUUCGACCAACAAAAAAAAAACCAAUUGACGUUUGCGCUCUGCAAGCAAAUUCCCGUAGUAUAUUUUCGAAUGGCGAUGAAUGUCGUCGUAUGAAAAAAAGAUUCUUUUUUGUUGAGUACUCAAAAGAAAGUUGGUGAUUAAGCUGAAAAUUAUUACUUGCACGCGUUAUAAAAAGGACGGACAUUAUUUGUGCGCUCCAAUUAUUGGACAGCAUUUUUUUCGUUUUCUGUUUGAAAUUCAUUUUGCGACUAUUGUGUGAACAAAAGAACCAAUAUAGAAUCGAAAAAAAUAAUAAUAAUUCCGAUCAGAACUGGAAAUACGUAGAUUUUGAAACAAAGAGAAAAAUAGUGAUUUUUUUUUUCAGCGCGUGUGGUAGUGUUAUGCAUUCUAAGGACACACAUAUCGCAAAACAAUAACAUAACAAUACAAAGAGCCAGACACCAUUAAUGAAAUUAAAAAAAGAAAAAUAAGUGGAGCAAAAUAUCGACUAAAAAUUGAUAAAAAUAAACCAAGGAAACAAUUUAAAUAGAGCAGAAUAAUAAUAAAAAAUAAAUAAAUCACAGUGAAAAAAUGGCGUCAGUAUCAUCUUCGUUAAUUGCACGCAAUACUUUGAAAAGUCGAUUAUUUCUCACGACAUCAUCAGCAACAGUGGCCGCAGCCAGAGUUUGGUGUGUAGCGAUUUUUCUGUUGGCCAUCACAAAUGGCUGCCAUUCGAUUAAAUUCGAAGGUGAAAACUUUGGUAAAAAUAAAGAACAUAUCCUGGAAGCAUCAUAUCACGGUUUAAUCAAAGAGAAUGAAACGUUUGUCGAAUUGACGCCUUUAAUAAAAGUGGACGAAACGCAAGUCUGUGAUUUUCGUAUCAUAAAAAAAAGCAAUCAUGAGAUCCCAUUUGAAAUUGAACUGGUCGACAAUUUGGCCGUUGUGAAAGCAACAAAAACAUUGAAUUGUGAAAAGCAUAUAAUUUAUCGCUUUGACAUUGUUGCCAUUCUGUGCGAUGGGUCACAUUCAAAUACAGCUAGUGUGCAUGUUGCUGUGAGCGACAUAAAUGAAUAUUCACCCGUAUUCUCGCAACCAUCUUACGUAAUUGAUGUGGAUGAAGGACGAUUAUACAAGGAGAUUAUCCGUGUUGAGGCAACCGAUCGUGACUGUUCGCCACUAUUUGGUGACAUUUGCAAAUAUGAAAUUUUACAGGGAGAUUCGGCCGAUCAUUUACCAUUUUCAAUUGAUAAAGAGGGUGUCAUCCGUAACAAUGCACCAUUAUCGCAUAAAAUCGCACAAAAUCACAUUCUAUCGGUGGUUGCAUACGAUUGUGCAAUGAAAGAAUCGGCUCCGGUUAUGGUGAAUAUCCAUGUAAAACGAGUUUGUGAGGCACGUAUAAACAAUGUGCCCGACCACGUCAACUAUACCACAAGCAUUGCCACUGGCAUCGAUCUAUUUCCGAAAAUUAAUUUGGAAUUAUGUCACUUACAAUGUCCGGACACAAACAUGUUUAUUCAAUCAACUGUUAACCUGAAAACCAAUCAUAUUUCAUUUGGUUGUGACCGUGAUGCAGAUAAAUGUUUCCAGCAAAAUAAUGUCGUUGAUUUAUUACCAAAAUUUAGCCAAUGGACGAAGGAUUUAACAUACGAUGAAGGUGGCUCCGAUGCCGUAUUCCAUUUUGAUGGUAAUUCUGGUGCAAUCGUACCAUCAACCACAAUUUCGCAUCAUGAUUUUGCAUUGCAUCCAUUCAGUAUAAGUACCAUUUUCCGACAUCACAACAUUGCCACCAAUGAUAAGCAUACAAAAGAGCAUGUCAUUUGCAGUGCCGACGAUCACAAAAUGAAUCGACAUCAUAUGGCAUUGUUUGUACGAAAUUGUCGAUUGAUUUUAUUGUUGCGCAAAAAUUUCAACGAAGGUGAUUUGAACAUUUUUAGCCCGGCCGAAUGGCGAUGGAAGGUACCACAAGUGUGCGAUAAUGAAUGGCAUCAUUAUACAGUUAACGUUGAUAUACCAAAAGUUGAUUUAUACAUUGAUGGCCGUAAAUUUGAAUCAGUUGUUGAAGAUCGUCACACCAAUCCAGAGGUUAUCGAUGACUGGCCAUUGCAUGCUGCUCAUGGUGUGAAUACAACACUAACAAUUGGUGCAUGCUAUCAAGGCUCCGAAAACCGUUUAAAACAUGGAUUCAAUGGUGAUAUUGCUGAAAUAAAAGUGGCUCUACAAUCGACACUCAAUGAAGAUGAAAUUCGCUGCACAAAUGAAUGUGCCGAACAUUUGGUUGUACCGUCCGAACAUCUAUUGGAACCAGCUCAACAAAUUCAAUCGAAUGCUCAGCUCAACGAAAUCGUCAUUGAGGGCAGCAAUCAAACGAAUAUUGAAAAACUUUUGCAAAACAUUCAAUAUUUGAAUUCAAAAGAAAUGCCUACGAUUGGACGUCGUAAUAUUGAAGUGAAAACCGUUGUCAGUUGUCCUGGUAAAAAAGCCAUUCGAUUGCCAACCAUUGAAACGUAUUUGAUGGUCCUUAAAGAUGAAACCGUUGAUGACCCAUCACCGAGCGACAUUCAAUUGAAUGGCAUUCCAGACAGCGACAAAGCAUUGACCAACGACGAGAAGCCACAAAUUUUAAUCACUGGCAAACAAAAUCACUUGGUGUCAUAUCAAGAUAUCAAAGAAGGUGUCCACAUUUUGGCCAAUGUUAAUAUCGAUGUUAUGAGUGGCGAUCAAAUUUUGUCACAACUUCAAAAAUUGGAUUCAUGCAUUGUAACCGUUUUCCCAAGUUUGAAUCCGGACCAUGAGCAAAUUGCCAUGCCAAAAAUGGAAAAUCUUUCAUCGACGCUCGAUAUCAAAACAACAAUCACGAAGGACGGCGUUGAAAUGAUUGGAUUCGAUACAAUUGUCAAUUAUCAAUCGGUUUUGCAAUCACUUGUAUACACCAAUAAAAAACCAGCAUAUUACUUGAAUCGCGUAUUUAAAUUAUCAUGCUCGCAAAUGAAUUCACGAUUCCGCAGCGCUGAAUAUACAAUGACCAUUACAGUAUUGCAUCCAAAGCAAAUGCCAACAAGUGCACCGCCAACAAAAGAGGCUACCAAACCAGCUUUUAUCGCUUCCGAACAAUCGUCGCACGAUCCAUAUGUGUUCGCUCAUGCAAUGGUCCACAAUCAUGAGGUUGAUGAGCCAGUCAGUCGUAUUCAUAAUAUUAACAAUCUUAAAGGUCAUGGUUCACUUCAAUCGACUUUAUUGAUUGCCAUCAUUGGUGUCGUUUUUGUUGUAUUCGUUUGUGGCAUUAUUAUUGUACGCAUUCGUUCCGGUGUCGAUAUGAGAGGCGAAUCAGUACGUAAACUUGAUAAACAUAUUCCUGCCAAACUAAAUACCGAUCCACAGCUCGAUUGGGACGAUUCAGCGCUUACCAUUACAAUUAAUCCCAUGCAAAAUUGUAGCGUGUCUGAUGAUAGUUCAGAAUCGGAAUCCGAAUCGGAAGAUGAAGAGAUCACCACAAAUGGACGAUACCGAAACGUAAGUCAAUUGGAAUGGGACAAUUCAACAAUUUAAAUGAAACGAGACCGAAACUGAACAUCAUACUAAUCCCGAAUCAUGACUGAUUAUGUUGGAAUUCCCAAAUAAGAGAAGAGAAAGAGAGAAAUGAACACAAACACACAAGAAGAUGAUGACACAUACACAAAUUGAAAGUAAAAAAGAAAACAAACAGCAAAAUCAUCUCGUUCUAUUCAAAAUGCUAAUUAUAUUAUUAACGAUAACUAUUCAACAUUGGAAUUAUGUUUCAAUUAUAAUUGAUUGAUUGAUUGGAAAUUGAGACAAAGACACAAAUCGGAUGAAUUAUACAUAUGUAAUUGAGCGCUAUUUUACAAGUAUACAAACAAGAUGAGAAUGAAAAAAAAGACAACAACAAAUUAUACAUAUACAUUAAUUAUAUCUGUCCUGUUGUUUUCCGUCCUGGUGGCGUUGAAAACCAAUAUUUAAAAUUAUAUACAUAUGUGAAACGAUUAUUAAUCCCGUUAAUAUUUUUUUUUUUCACGCGUCAUUUUGUUCGACGUUUUUUUCUUCAUUGGAGACAUGUUUAUUGUAUUCAUAGAACGAUAGUCACAUAUAGUUCUUUUUUGGACAUUUGAUUUUAUAUCAUUCGUUUUAGUUUUUUUGACUAAAGCUAAUAACACACAAAAAAAAAACAUGACAAAAAAUAAUAAUAAUUA